CUUUACUCACAAGCCACUCCAACUGACCUCCUGACAGGCUUGUGCACAUUUUACGCAGCUCUGUUGUGACGCCAGCAUCUGCAAAAGACGCUGAGGGGAAAUAGGGUGAAAAAAAAGUCCAUCUUCCUGUUAAUCCAUCGCUCACGGCAUUUCAUCCCAUCCAUUCUUUCCUGUCGGGCUGCAGAGUAGUUCAGUAUAUUAGAGACACCCCGCCUCUCCUGGUCACAGCUGUGGCUACACACAUGUGGAUUACUGGAAAGCAGAGGGGAUGCGGCUACCAGAGAAAAUACCCCUGCUGACUCUUUAUCUAAUACAAGAGGUUAAAAGAGAGAUGGUCUUCCAAAUCCACCACAGACCAAAUGAAUUAUCACUGACCAACACCAGCCUCUGGAUGCAAGUGGAGAUGGAGAACAGGACCUUUACGCACGGACUUCUUUCCACAAACGAGACGCUCGUGCAGCCGUCUUACGCAUCCAGGGUCGGGACAGCAUUCACUCUACCGAUUCUGAUGUUUGCAGGAGGCGCAACUGGGAAUUUAAUUGCAAUAAUCGUCCUUUCAGUGUCGAGACCGGGGAGGAAAUCUUCCGCUUUUUUCACGCUGGUGUGUGGUCUCGCGGUGACAGACUUGUUGGGCACGUGCAUCGCCAGCCCACUCACCAUAGCUAACUAUCUGAGCCGAAAGGUGCUGGAGGACCAGCACCUGUGCGAGUUCCACUCCUUCCUUUUGCUGUUUUUCGGUCUCGCUGGUCUGAGUAUCAUCUGCGCCAUGGCAGCAGAGCGUUACCUGGCCAUCUGCUGCCCGUACACCUACCAGCGGUGGAGCGUGGACCGCCGUUUCGCACAGAAGUUCCUUCUCUCCAUGUACAUCAGUCACAUCUUCUUCUGCUGCCUCCCGAUGAUGGGCAUGGCGAGCAGUCAGCUGCAGCCGUCGGAGACCUGGUGCUUCAUCGACUGGAGGACGCGCAAACCCCUGGCCGCCGCGUACUCCAUGCUGUACGGUACCGUCAGCGUGUUGCUCAUCCUGGGCACCAUCGUGCUGAACCUGGCGGUGUGCGGGUCCCUGCUGCUCAUGCACCGGAGAACCGUGCAGCGGCCGGGCAGCAGAGGCAGUGUCCGGGAGAAGUGGAGGGCUUUGUCUUCCGCAGCAGAGACGCAGAUGAUAGCCGUUCUGGUGACAACCUCUGCCGUGGUUUUGGCCUGUUCGACUCCAUUAGUGGUCCGUGUGUUCGCUAACUGCCUCGUGCUGAAUACAGACCAUGCAGCUGACCUGACCGCCAUCCGGAUCGCCUCUGUUAACCCCAUUCUGGACCCCUGGAUCUACAUCCUCCUCAGGAGGUCUCUGUUUUGGCGGUUACUCAGUUUAGGCAGCAGCAUGCGCAGCAGCUCGCCUCCAACGCCACACAGACACCUGUUAUACCCUGAACUCAAGACAGACAGCCACGUCUUCACACAGCUCAUGUUCAACACAAAUGUCAUCACUCAGCUGCCUGCCACUGUCAAAUUCACGUUGUAUGACAAAGAAGACCUCCAGCAGACUUAAAACAUAAAGAGACAUCUCUGAAUGUUUGCUGCCAUCUCACGCUGUGACCAGCUUUGAUGCAGAAACAUUGGCUUUGUUUUAAAGCUGUGGACAGUGAGAUGGAAAAACUGUGAAGACUCUGCAGGCUCACAGCUGGACCGAGUCUUCCGAGCUCCUGGUGGAUUAUUUAUUAAACAGUGAAAGACUGCUGGGAUCAGAGGCAGCUAGCACCUGUAGAGAACAGAAGACCUGAGACUCUGGUGUUCUCACCACAAAAAGACUGAACGCUUGUUCUGCCUCCUCUUUACUGUAACAUCUGUAGGAAGCUGUUCUUUUCCUCAUCCUGGGCUUCUUUGAUGAUUAUUAGAGGUGCAGGAACCUCACUAGAGUCUAUUUCUAAUAGAAACUGAGGGUUCUGGCUCUUACCCUGCCUCAGUGGUGGACAUAAUGAUGGAAAUCUUUCAGUUUUCAUAAAACCUUUAAAAAAACUGUCAUGAAACUUAAGACUACAAUGUGCAGACAGAUGUUCAAAUUUAAACAAUUACAGCUCCAUCUUUGGUUUCUUUUGCCUUUUUUAUUUUUUAAUGCUGCUCUGUACUUGGAUUUCACUGCACAAAAGAUGACCUGGCAUACUUUAUACCUCACUAAAUUUACUUUAAAGAUGUAUUUAUUUGAAUAAUAAUAACCAUACAGCGAUUAAGAAUCUUGUUAGCACAUUUAACAGAGUAACAGACAUGAAACAUUAACCCUUUAUACAGUGCCAUUGAAAUAGCCUACUUAAAAUUAAAAAUUUAAGCCCUAGAAUAUUAUUAUUGGUGGACAUCACAUUAUUUUUUUGUCACUUUUCUUCAUAUUUUACUCUAUUAUGGUGAAAAUCAAGGUGAAGGUAUGGUUCAUUGCCAAUUUAUGGUAAAAAAAAAGUUUACAGAG